AUGUCAGCAUUACUGCCGGUCUUCAAUGCAGAAUCCCAGACAAACAGGCCGCGGAGUCCUGCCCGCUACGCUUCCACCUCCUCCUCGAUAACAUCCUCUUACUCUCUCCUCACCCCCCAGCAGACGGCCGAGCAAUUGAAGACUUCCGUCACUCAGGGCUUGCUACAAACCGAGGCACAUGCGCGAUUGGUAAAGAAUGGUUCCAAUGAGCUUCCCCAUGAAGAGGAGGAGCCAUUAUGGUUGCGAUUCCUCAAGCAGUUCAAGGAGACGCUGAUCCUGCUGCUACUCGCAUCUGCCGCCAUCUCACUCUUCAUCGGGAACAAGGACGAUGCCGUCAGUAUCGCUCUUGCCGUCACCAUUGUUGUCACGGUCGCUUUUGUGCAGGAAUACCGCUCGGAGAAAUCCUUGGAGGCCCUGAACCGCCUGGUUCCCCAUUACGCCCACGUCCGACGUUCGGCGCCCCGGUCGACCAUGCACAUGACUAGAAAUCAAAAUGCUGAGAAUGAAAUAGAGAUGGAGCCAUUGGCAAACGGCGCUGCGAUUGCGCCUGGGGAGAAAUCGUCUACCACAAUACCAGCGUCCCAGCUUGUGGUGGGAGACCUGGUCAUCUUUGCCACCGGCGACCGCAUUCCGGCCGACAUCAGAAUCACCCAUGCUGCCGAGCUGACAAUUGACGAAUCCAAUUUGACUGGGGAGAACGAACCGGUAGAAAAGUUCCCUACUGCUCUGGACCCGACCAUCCGGAGGUCGGAGCACCAUGGUACCCCCGAACCGUACAAUGCAGCGGGCACGGUGGGCGCCGACGUGCGCCUCAAUGAGCAGCACAACAUCGCGUUCAUGGGGACGCUGGUUCGGUCAGGCCACGGGGAAGGAAUCGUCAUCGCAACUGGUGGAAAGACCGAGUUUGGGACGAUUUCGUUGUCUCUGCAGGAGAUAGAGGCCCCGCGCACGCCUCUCCAGCAGUCGAUGGAUCUUUUAGGAAAGCAGCUCAGCUAUAUGUCUUUCGUCGUCAUUGGAGUCAUCAUAAUCAUCGGUCUUCUCCAGGGCAAGAAACUGUUGGAUCUAUUCACCAUCGGAGUGUCUCUGGCUGUUGCCGCGAUUCCUGAAGGGUUGCCCAUCAUUGUCACCGUCACUCUUGCCCUGGGGGUGUUGCGAAUGGCUAAACGAGGAGCGAUCGUUCGCAAGCUCCCAAGUGUCGAGACAUUGGGUUCGGUAAAUGUGGUUUGCAGCGACAAGACGGGAACUUUGACCCUCAACCACAUGACCGUGACCAAAUUGUGGCAUUUCGACGUAGGCAAGCCGUUCUCCAUCGACCCCACAGCAGCACUCACAUCCGCGACCAAAGCCAUUCUUCGAAUUGGCAAUAUCGCGAACAACGGUCGCCUUUCUCAGAACGCUUCCGGAACCCCUGCAACCGCUGCCUCUGCGGCGGUGCUUUCCUCUACUAGAGAUAGGUCAUCGACCGUCACGAAGAGCCGAUGGCUGGGUCAACCUACUGAUAUCGCCAUGCUCGACUUGCUGGAUGUGCACGGUGAAGACGAUGUCCGUGAAAAGAUUGGGCCGCGGACGAGCGAGACACCAUUCAGUUCCGAGAGAAAGUGGAUGGGCGUCGUCAUAGGUAGUGCUCUGAGCGAGGCGACCAACGGCUAUGGACUGGGGUCGGAGACGGCUUACAUCAAAGGCUCGUUGGAACAGAUUUUGAGCAGGUCGGACACGUAUUUGACCAAAGAUGGUCAAGAAGUGGUACUUGACGAGAGCCGUCGGAACGAAGCCAGUGCGGCGGCGCAAGCAAUGGCAGAGGAGGGACUCCGGGUAAUUGGGUUUGCCAGUGGCGUCCUCAGGAACAGGACACGGCAGACCAGCAGAAGCUCCACGCCAACAUUGGGAAAUAAGAAACCCGGGGAGCCAGAAACGGACAUGUUUACUGGCUUGUGUUUUGCAGGGUUGGUCGGGAUGAACGAUCCUCCACGGAAACAUGUGAACAGAUCCAUUCGUCGGUUGAUGAAUGGAGGAGUCAAAGUCAUCAUGAUCACGGGCGAUGCAGAGACGACAGCCGUGGCGAUUGCGAAAAAUCUCGGAAUGCCCAUCAACCAGGCCAGUUCAGGGUCGAGGUCCGUCCUCCGAGGCGAUGAGCUGGACCGUAUGUCGGAGCAAGAACUGUCGGAAGCCAUCGUUAGGACGAACAUCUUUGCUCGGACUAGCCCAGACCACAAGAUGAAGAUUAUUCGAGCUCUCCAAGCUCGGGGAGACGUGGUUGCCAUGACGGGAGAUGGAGUCAACGAUGCGCCCGCCCUCAAAAAGGCCGAUAUUGGAGUGGCCAUGGGAAAGCUCGGAACCGAUGUGGCCAAAGAGGCGGCCGAUAUGAUCCUGACUGACGACGACUUCUCCACGAUUCUCCGCGCCAUUGAACAGGGAAAGGGCAUCUUCUUCAACAUUCAGAACUUUAUCACGUUCCAGCUGAGCACGAGCGUUGCGGCGUUGAGUUUGGUCCUUCUCAGUACCAUGUUUGGUUUCAAGAAUCCGCUUAAUGCCAUGCAGAUUCUUUGGAUCAACAUUCUCAUGGAUGGCCCUCCUGCCCAGUCUCUCGGGGUUGAACCAGUCGAUCCCCUGGUCAUGAUGCAGCCGCCGCGACCUCGCAAUGCGAACGUGCUGACCAAACGACUCAUCCGCCGCGUCCUGACGUCGGCGUCUCUUAUCAUGAUGGGGACUCUCUUCAUCUAUCUUCGAGAGAUGGUGGACAUUGAUGAUCCGUCGGUCGACCCGUCGGCGGUCAAGUCGACGCCCCUUCGCACUCGAGUGGUGACCAAACGCGACACCACCAUGACCUUCACGACGUUUGUGCUUUUUGACAUGUUCAAUGCGCUGACCUGCCGCUCGGAAUCCAAGUCGGUGCUGUUUGGCGAAAUCAAGCUGUUUGGAAACAAAAUGUUCAACUACGCGGUCGCGGGCAGUCUCGCGGGCCAACUGUGUGUCAUAUACUUGCCAUUUUUGCAACGGGUGUUUCAGACCGAAGGGCUGGGUCUGUGGGACCUGAUCUCGCUGGUGUGCUUAAGCAGCGCUGUGUUUUGGGUGGAUGAAUUGAGGAAAUGGAUUGAGAGGAGAAGUAGUGGACGCAUGCCGAGUGUUGGGUAUUCGGCCAAUGUAUAA